CUAUAUUUUACAGCGCAUAGUAUAAUUUGGAUGUAAUUUUCCAAUAGCAACCACAGAAGCUUUCUUUUUUGAAAACAGUAGCUACACAUUUUCUCCAUCAAGAUGAGCAUGUCAACAUCAUUACGUUAUGAACUGAACACAGGGGGUUCAAAAGCAUUUAAAGAAUCACGACUAAGACAACAAGAACGAAUCCAGACAGAUGAAAUGAUGGCUGAUAGACAAAAUGUUGUCAGAUUAGAAUUAAUAACCAAUCAGAGAGCUGGAUGGCAUACAAAUUUAGAAAAAGCCAGUUGGAAUAAAAAUAUACAGCACCAAGACAAAAAAAUCCAAGAAGAAUUAAGACUAGCUGCUAGAGCAUCUUUAGCUGUCAGACAAAAAGCAUUACAGAACCAGAUAGCAAGAGAUUCAGAGAAAUACGAACAAGAACUACACUUGAAAGGGAAGACAUUCUUCAAGCAGAGAAUAUAAGUUCAAAGGAUUAAAUUAUCUCAAACUGUCAGAACUUUUAUUUUAUUAUAAAAACCAAGUCUUUAAAAAAAAUGUUAAAUGCAAAACAUGAUAUGGAAGAUUAAAUAUGCGGGUAGAAGUUUUUUGGAUUGAAUUAUUUCAAACUGUCAGAUUUUAUU